AACUGGGGCUGAAGGCUCACAGCACAGCACGACAGAGCAGUCAUUUAUUCUGCUUCUGAUUCAUGGAUCUGUAGUACUGGUUUUACACUUGGAAGAGGAAAGCGACACCUGUUCAGUUAGAGGUCAUCAAGCUUCCUUCCUCCCUCCCUCCUUCCUUGCUGCAGAUCUCUCCUGAAAUGGCAUUACAAAACAUUGCAUACUUCAUGCUGAUUUUGCUGUGGAGUGGACUUGUCCCUGUAAUUUGGAUGGAAACCCUUGCUUGCCCCAAACAUUGUACCUGCUUAUACCCUCAACAGCAUCUGCACUGUCAAAAUGCUAGCAUGACUUCAGUCCCUUCCAACAUUGCUACCAACACUUCGGAGCUGAACCUGAGUGGGAAUCAGUUUUUCACACUCCAGACCAAUUCCUUUGCCAGCCUGUCUAGCUUGACAGUUCUCUACGUCAGUGAGUGUGAGAUCAGUGAAAUACAGCCAGGUGCUUUCAAUGGACUUGGAAGCCUGAAGUAUCUCCACUUGGACAGCAAUGAAAUUACAGAACUUCAGGAGACUGCUUUUGAAAACAUAACAACUGUCCUGUAUCUGCACUUGGAGUACAAUAAGAUAGCCAGCCUAAAACCAGGCAUGUUUUCAUCUAUGAAGAAACUGAUUGCACUCUAUCUUAACAACAACAAUCUGACGGAACUUGCCGAUGGAAGCUUCCAGGGCCUGGUUCAGCUGCGGUGGUUGUAUCUUAGUAACAAUCACAUUUCCAACAUUUCCUCAAAGGCCUUCUCCAGCAUGAAGAACCUGCGGCGGCUUUACCUUGAUGGCAACAACCUCAUGAGUGUCCCAUCUUCAGCUCUACGUGCUGUUAAAGGCAUAAGUGUACUUGUUCUGAGCAGAAACCCUAUUGAGAAACUAACAGGUGAUUCAUUUGGCAGAAAGCUCAGCUUCUUAACAGAACUAUAUUUGGACAAUGCCACCUUGAAGGAAGUAUCAUCCCGUGCAUUUACUCGGUUCCGAGCAUUGCAGGUAUUAAGCAUGCGUGACAAUCACCUGGAGACAUUACAAUCUUUAAAGCCUCUGCGAAAUCUCCAGAGUCUCUCCUUGAGUGGAAAUAACUGGAGAUGUGACUGCCAGAUGACCUGGCUCCGAGGAUGGUUACUUACAGAUUUAGUAAAUGACAACAGAUAUGAAGUCAAAUGCAGUUCUCCAGAAGCACUAAAAGGACAGCUUCUAAUGGAUGUGCAGAUACAACAUCUAACCUGCCCACCUUAUGAGCUAAGUGGAACCACCAUACUAGCUCAAGAAGAGGCUACAUUGGCUAUGUCCGCAGUGACAACAAAAAUACCUCAGCUGCAAACUACCAAGAUCACCACUAGCACGCCAAGGACAACUGCUACUACAACUGCUUCCACAAGCAAGCACCUGUCAAUGGACUAUAACCAAAUUCCCAUCAAAAGUGACCCUUGCCUAUCAGACUAUAUUGACAACAUCAGUGCAAGAGAAAUACAAGAAACAUCACUGACUGUUAGCUGGUCAUUCUCAGGAGACGGUGACCAGUUUGAAAUUCGCUAUAGUAAUGAUGAUCACCAGUACACUUUACAAGUGAUUGGAGGUUUGUCUGAAGUGAUACUUCAAAAUCUGCAUCCAGGAUCAACUUACAAAGUAUGUCUUAUUCCUCAGAAUAAAUACAUAUCUAAAUGUCUGGCUCCUUCUGAGAAGCAAUGCAUGACACAACAUACCCCAGGUAUUCCUGGCAAUACAGAAGCUAUACACUCUGACCCCACCCACAACCAUUAUGCUCUAACUGUCGGGAUUUCUAUUACUGUGCUUAUAAUAGUUAUUCUGGCUUUGAUCAUUGGAUGGAAGUUAAAGUCAAGUGCUUUUAGGUUUCAGCGUUACUAUGAUGAAGAGGGGUCAGCAAACAUUGAUCAUGUUGAAACAGAAGAGCCUAAACUUGACACUGACUUAGUUUACGAAAAAAUCUCAGAUAGCAACCAUUUUUAUGUUAUGCCAUCUGCUUGGAGGCCUCAGGUUAAUGCAGACGAAGAUAGGAUGGACUGUAAUUUUUCUACACCAGUGUCACUGCUCUCCACUCCAAGAUAUGUCACUCUGGAGAAUAACUAGUAACAAUAUUUAAAAGAAUUGAUUCAAAAUAAUUUCUUUUUUUCUGAACACGAAGCUGAUGCAAUACAAAGACAAGCCAUGUUAAUAGUUAGCUUGUCAAAAUGAAAUACAACAGUGCAGAUAUAUGGGUAUCCAGCAAUCGCUAAAGAGAUAACAGUUUGCAUCUUGAGCCCAAAGCUAUCAGAGUAUGACUCUAAACUCUUGAGGAGUGCAAUGGGUAAUCUGACACUUGAUUUUUGUCCACUAACCUGGAGGUGCAGUGAAUCAAUUCUUUCAAACUCCUCCAAAGUGUUUAAUGCUGUACUGAUUUUCAGUGCCUGGAGAAAGUGCUUCUGUAUGAGACACCAACAUCAACUAGAAAGACAGAACUCUUGAAGUUAAUUUCCUUCUUUUUCAUCUUGAAUAUUGAGACCUCAUUGAGAUAUGUUACAGGUUAAAGCAUUACAGCCCCCAAGGACUAUGGACAGAACAACAACAUAGUUCAUACCUUUAAUAGCAUUUGUCAUUAGUUUAUGAUGUCUGUGAGCCACACAAAUCUUACUGAGCUUAUAUUCAGUCUCACCACAACCCCAUGCCCACUGAAUUCACAGUUUGAUAAUAAAAUAAGUAUAAAAAUGUGAGUUAGUGAACCUAGCUGAUCAAAAAGUUAUUGAGUACAGUUUCUAGGAAAAUUUGUAAGUAGAGCAUAAUGCAGCUUUAUAAACACUGCAUUACACCACGUUAUAUCCCAAUGUUUAUGUUAAUUAUCUUAGAAAGUAAGCAUACGCCGACUGAUUUCUUACACAGAAUGACUGAGUGGGGGGGUCUAUACUCCUAAGUAAAAAAGUACACAUGAAGCAAACAAAAUUAUUGCAUUAUUCAAUGAAUACUAAUAGCCAGGUAAUAAUGAUUAAUAGUUGUUUCUACAAAAGAAUCAUAAGCAUAUUCAACCUUUAUGUACAUUUCAUAUAUUGUGUGUCCUAAAAAAUGUUUUUUUUUUUUUUAAGAAGAGUGACCCAUUGCUGCUACUGUAGUCAUCUUAUUUUCAUUUGACUAAAGUAAUGAGACAUAUAUUUGUGACUCUUGUGGUCAGCAUUGCAUUCUUAGGCUGAUAUAUUUAGAAGCAGCUUGCAGUGUGUGUGCGUAUGAAUCUCUGUUAUAGCUAAAAUAUAAAAUUUAUGAAAAGAGAGACUUAGUAUCAUGAUACUAUGGUUGACCUUAUGAUCACUGCACAAUACCACGUUUUGAUCAACACACUGCAAAAGAGUUUAGGCAAGUGGCAGAAAAUUAGACUCAGAAACAAAGCUUAAUGAAUGAAUUGUCUGUUACACUGUUCAAGAACCAAAUAUAUAUAUAUAUAUAUAUAUAUAUAUAUAUAGAGAGAGAGAGAGAGAGAGGAAGCAUAUCUUCUGACUGAGGUACCAAUCUUAAUCGUUCGUAGUAAACAGUACUUGACUGAUAACCCGAAUACAUAUCAUCUAGUGCAACAUUUUAACAGUUUUGAUUUAUUUUAAACUAAUGAGGUAUAUUUCACUGCUGUAUAUGAUUCAUUUCAGGGUACCUGCAUUCAUACUUAGUACCAAAUGAUGCUAAUUUGUACAAGAAAUUAGCACUAAUAAUACCCAGAUUCCCGAGCUUGUUUUGCCAAUUUCUACAAGACAAAAUGGCAAGAUUUUAAAAGCAACACCUCAGAAUUUUUCCCUAGAACUUUAUUUUUAUUCUGUUCUAUAAAAGCAUCUUUUUCAUUA